AUGACUCAUAAAAUUCAUUUAUUGAGAAGUCGUUCAUUUACAAAAAUUAAUUUAUUAGGUGGUCCAUUUAACGUUAAACUGUAUCGUAAUAUAAAUUCAAAUGAUAAUUAUACAUCAGUUGAUGUUGAAACUGAACAAUCAAUAUAUAAAUUAAUUUCAAUUGAUAUUGAACAAAAUGAUAUAUUAACAAUUCGUAUGAUGGAAAAUUUAAAUAUAUAUACUAAAACAAAUAUAACAUUAUUAAUAAUGUAUCAACAAUUAAAUGAACUUCAUAUUGAUGGAAUGAUUAUAUUCAAUGUAUAA